AUGGCACAUGAUUCUGCCUCUGCUUGUUGGACUCUGCCAUCGGGAGCCCCCCAAGCUGUCGGUCUCUCAUGGGUGUUCAUGGACAGACUGUGUCUUGAUGAUAAAACACUGAAUCGCUAUUUAACGCAAACUGCAGGAUAUAGGACCGGUAGCGGCAGCGUCAUUGGCUCUUUUUUGUCGGGUUCUGGUAUCACAGUCAUUCUGAGCGUGCUUGCACUGACUCAGGUACUGGUCGCAUUGCGGUGUUUUGGGCUUUUGUCGCCAGGUCUCGACAUGCAGGCAGGGAAGAAUGAGAACCCCGGAGCUAUUUCCGCCAGAGCAACGAUUAAGGCAUGA